AUGGCCAUUUGUCAAUCCGCGAAUGACCAUGAAGGCUAUAUGCUCCACAUUUGGGACAGGAGCAUCAGAAAUGUCGUUCCCAAUUCUAACCGUGACCUCGUGUGUUACGACUAUGAGAGGGUGAGACAGGUAUUGUGCGAUAAGUUCCUGCUCCCAUCGAGCCUGGAGAGUCAGGCCACUAGUACUCGCCAAGUCAUGGAUAAGAUGCUGGGCGAGCAGGAGACCGACGGCGUCUUCGACGACUUUGCGGCCUUGGCAGACCGCAUCCACAACCAGGGGCAGCAACGUCUCGGUCAACCCCUUGACGGCAAGUCUAAGCCGUCGACAGCCAGGCUCGAGCAUCUGCAAGAUGAGCAACGGGGUAUGCCUCAUCGCAUACCUGCGAAGCUGUCAUUUUGCGGGUGGCCAACGCUACAAGUCGGGGAUAAAAAGUGGUUCCUAAGUGCUGUCAUUGUUGACGCUGACGGGCGCCCUUACGGGUAUAUUCCUUUCAACAUGCACCCAUGCCACGAAUGUGAGAGCACAUUCUUCCAACACCAUCCGGCCUUCGAUCAUAUGAGAGUUGAGCACAAAAUUAAUCUGGAACGACCUGGUGCCUAUAUGUGUCCUUUAACGCAGGAUCGGCCGGACAAGGAGAGCUAG